AGAGGAGUGGGUGUUUCUGCUUCGGCCCAGCUCCCGGCCUGAACCUGGAAAAUGCUGCUGGCGCCCCAGGAAGGGUCCUCCUCAAGGAAGAGGACGGGGCUGAGUCGCUGGAAACAAUUAACAAGGAAGCUGAGUCCCAAGCCUGCUUUUGACCCUGGCAAUGUGGGACACUGGAUUGAGAGAGUGGAGAAAGCCUCAGAAUUUGGAGUUUCAAAAUCAUUUUCAGCUGGAAAUUCAGAUUUAUCCAGAAGUCUUUGGGGCCAAAUGAUAGAUUUGGAAACAUCUGAGCAAAUAGAGGAUCAUGAUGAAAUCUAUGCAGAAGCUCAGGAGCUGGUCAAUGACUGGUUAGACACCAAACUCAAGCAAGAACUAGCAAGUGAUGGGGAAGCUGAAGACACUGUAUCCAGUGUCCCUCCUGUGUUAGAAGCCAGUGGUCAUUUGAAAUAUGACAGGUUUGAUGAUUUAUGUGGCUACUUGGAGGAAGAAGAGGAAAGUAGCACUGUUCAAAAAUUUAUAGACCAUCUGCUCCAUAAAAAUGUGGUGGAUUCUGGGAUGUUGGAAGAUAUCGAAAUGAGUGGAAACCAUGGCAAGAAGCAGCAGAAGGACCCUCGUCUUACCAUGGAGAUAAGACAUAAGCAGGUAAAAGAAAAUCGCUUAAGACGGGAGAAAGAACUGGAGCGCCAGAGAAUUGAAAAGACCCUGAAAAAAUCUGCCUUCUUAGAGGCUCAGUAUCUGGUGCAAGAAGAGAAGAGAAGGAAGGCUCUGGAGGCCAAGAAAGAAGAAGAGGCAAUUCAGAGGGAGAUGGUAAAGCUGCGGAGGGAGAUAAUUGAGAGGAGGCACACAGUGCAGGAAGCAUGGAAAAUAGAGAAGAAAAAGCAAGAAGAAAGUUCUCCAAAAUAUCCAGAAAAAGGCAUGUUUCAAGAUGUUCAUACUCUUCUGGAGGAAGAAAAAAUGGCAAAAGAAAGAAAGAAGAAACUGAAAGAGUUCGUAAUCCAAACUUACAAGGAAAAUCACCAGUGUCAAAAGCGCUAUUUCUCUGCCUGGCACAAGCUGAUUCUUGACCACAGGAUUAAGCUGGGGAAAGCUGGGACUCUGUCUGACUGGAAGUUUCAACUGAAGGUCCUGAAGGCCUGGAGAGACUACACGAGAUCUCGGAGGCUGGAGCGGGAGACCCAAGCCAUGGAGCGUGAGCUCAGGGAAGAAAACAGAAAACAACAACUGGCCGCUGAGUAUAACAGGAAGCACGUUCUCCAGCACCACUUUACAGAAUGGCAGCACUGGCAUCACCGGAAGCACGUUCUCCGCCACCACUUUACAGAAUGGCAGCAUUGGCAUCGUGCAGAGAUCCUAAAGAAAGAGCUGGCUCUAACAAAGGAGGAAACAAGGAAGAAAAUGGGUGAGCUGUUGAAGGCAGCAUCACUAGGAAAACUCAGUGCAGCUGGGUCAGUAGGCACCAGUCUACUCAAGAAGGCAACAGCCACGGUGGAGCCGCCUACAGGAGAGGUGACUGCCGGGCCCCUUUUGUGGGAAAAGCCUCCCUCAGAGAGCAGUGAUUGCAUGCCUAGCCCCCACCUAGGAAGACCAACGAAGAGCACCUUGCAAGUUCCCCUCCAGAAUGUCCCUCUGAAUACCUCUGACAAUAAGCCGCAUAAGACCUUGGAUGUUGAGGCCUCCCAGCAGCCUGACAGCGACGAGAAGCUCAGAACCACCAGCCAGAAAGCAAAGCCCAUUUGCAUGGGUCAUUUCCACAAUCGCCAUGUCUUCCAGCAGCAGCUGAUUGAGAAGCAAAAGAAGAAACUUCAGGAACAGCACAAAACAAUUCUGGAGCUGAAGGAAAGCCAGAGGCUGGCACAGGCUCGGUGGGCAGCAGAGCGCAAUGCAGCCCUCAUGGACACACAGAGCCGCCUGCUGUCAAACCCCAGAGAAGAAGAACCUGAAAGAACCUGCCAGGUGCUUUCAAAUUCUCCUGUUGCUUCCCCUGGGACUGACGGUAGUAGAAGCAACUCCCAAAAUUAUCUUUCUGGACCCAGAAGGAACCCAAGGAAGCUGAUAUCACCCCAUCCCAUACUUAAAGCCAUGGAAGAGAGAGCAGCGCAGCGAGCUGAACGUAGGCGGAUCUUGGCAGAGAAGAAACAAAAACAAGAAGAGGAAAAAUUGGCCCAGUUAAAGGCCCAAGAGGAGGAGCGGCAGAAGAGGGAGGCAGAAGAAAAGGAGGCUCAACUUGAGAAAAAACGAGAAGAGAAGAGACUGAAGAAAAUGAAAGAACUGGAGCAGCAGAAGAGAAUUAAGAGGAACCAGCAGCUGGAAGCAAUAGCCAAAGAUCAUUAUGAAAGGGUAUUGCUAAGGAAAAAGGGUCUGGAGCCUUGGAAGAGAUUGAGAAUGCAGAGCAAGCAAAACAUCCAGGUGGCCGAAGAACAUCAUUCUUUGGCCCUGCAGAGGAAGUGCCUGCUGAGCUGGCUCCGUUGCAGUCAGGAGAGCCUGGCUAGGAAGACGGCCCAGGCCGAUCAAUGCUAUUCCCAAACGUUGCUUAGGAGAGUCCUCCGGAGCUGGCAGCGGUACCUGACUGACCUGGAGGAAGAAGUACAAACACUGUGUAUGCAUUUUCUUCAAAAGAAGAUUUGCAGGGCCUGGCUUAACAUGGUCAGGGAGGCCCGGAUCGAUUCUCAGAGCAAGCACAAGAUUGCCGUGGAGCACAGUGACAGGAGGAUUCUCUGGAUCACAUUUCAGACAUGGAAGAAGUUUGCAAAAUUUAUGAAAGAGGAAAGAUUAAGAGAAGAAAGGCGAGAGCAACUCCGUAAGAAGGUAGCUGAAAUCCUUCCGGACUUCCAGGCGCUGGCCCCACCGUGACUCUGGUUGUCCAGCGUCAGAUACCCGCCCUCAUGUAAGGGUCCUUGGUGUCCAGGGAACACAAGCCAGCGCCAUGCUUAGGAUGGAAUGCCCGUGGUCCAUACAGGUGUUAGCACCACCCACCCACAUGCACAUGCAUCUACAUGGUGGUUCUGUCAGGUAUUCCUUGGAUUAAAGGACUUCUUUUUUAGUUUGUACUUCCUUCUUUUAUUUCUCUUGGGUUGCUAAUCAGUUCACUAAAGCAUUUAUCCCAGCAGGAUCAGCCACAGGAACUGUUCCUGUUCCACUGUUCAAAUGCAGCGUCUGUAUUUUUAGCAUCAUAAACUUUAAAAAGGACGUGUUUGCUUG